UUUAUAGUUACAUGAUGGUGGACGUAAACAAUUAGCUGUCAUUUGAACAUUUUCAUUGUUUUCGCCUCAUAUUUAUGAAACGGAAUGCCGAUCAAGAAAAAGAAAGGAAAGAAGAAUGGGAAAGCAUCAGGGAAGAGUGAUGGGAGUAAUCCAGCCAGUCUCGAACCCGACACCAUGUUGGGUGAAAAUGGGAAAGGGCCAAAGAAGGGCAAAAAGGGCAAGAAAGGAAAGAAGGGAAGGAGAAAGGGGAAGAAGGUAUCAAAGUCGGACAAAGCUUUGGAAAAAUUGGAGAAACGAUGCACAGAGAUCAGAAACUCUGGUGACAUAUUUGAUCACUUUGUCGAUCGCAUGGGAAAAUGGCUUGAGAAAAACUGCCAAAAAGCUAUAGAUUUGUUUAGGAGAUAUGAUGUCCAUCAGGAAGGUGUUUUAAGUUAUGACGAGUUCAAAUCUGGUAUGUUUGAUCUGAAUGUUCCAUGCAACAUGGUAGAGCUCCACCUCUUUGCUCAACUUUUGGACGGAGACAAUAGCGGGGAAGUGGAAUACUUGGAGUUUUCCAAUGGUAUUCAGCUCUCGAGGCAAGUUGUUGCAAUCGAAGAUGAUGACGAUGAAGAAGAAGAAGAAGAAGAAGAGGAAGAUGAGGAAAUUGAAGUCAUAGAAACAUCAAAACCAAAAGAGCCUGGAAUCAAACUAAUCAAAUACGAACCAUUUGAUCAUUGUGUCUGCUGUAAGUUAGCCUUAUGUGGACCAUAUAAGGAGAAGACACCAAGGUACGUUGAGCUUCUGCUGCGAUUAGUGACAUUUGAGCCGUUACGCAGUCACCCAGGACAUUUCAACCCCAUCGUCCAUGCACACAUUCCAAUCUACGGCAUUAUCCAGCUGAUCCAGGAACAUGCCGGGAUAACCUCAUCAACACUCGCCAUCUUCACCGAUAAAUCGCGGAGCAGGGACGCCAUGUUGGAUCCUCAUUUGACACUGGAAGAAUGUGGCAUUCUGGGUGGUCCACGGAGUAAUCCCCAAGAAGCCCUCUUAUUCUAUGAUUACACAGUUGAGUUCUCUAGUUGCCCACUACUCAACUGUGAUCACUACUUCGGGGAAACUAUAUCAGUCUGAAGUGCCCGGCAAACAAGUGACUUUAAUCUCUGUGAUCAUUAACAUGCCAAAAAAUACUCGUCUGCGGUGGUCAUUUCAGAUGUCUGUGACUAGAAACGGUGAUCACAGCAACCUGCUAUAAAGCCAAAUGAUUACCAGUUUUACUGGCAGACAAGGGACCUGUACAUAGCAGUGAUUAUAAUUGCUUGUUUAUGCAGCAUGUACAAAUGUAACAGUUCAAGCCCUGUAGCCUUUCACAGUUUGGGCAAACAGAAAUUGUCUCUCUCUGUGUUAUCUAUGCAAAAUACACCAAUCUCAAAUUGCUGCAUGAAGUGUUGUGUUGUGAAUCACCUUAUUUACUGUGUGAGGUAUUCAGAGAAUAACUCUUCCUUUUCCACCAGAGCACAUAUCGACUACCAUUCAGGAUUUAGCCAAUUUGAAGACUUGCUGUCAAAAAUUUUUCAAAAUGCCAAAAAUUGUUCAUGCGUCGUUUUCUUUCUAAUGUUAAAUAAUACA